AUGUGUUUACUUUUUCUCCUUUGGACAAACACGCACAUAGCUUUCCAAUUUCUUUUGCCGUGGUGGGUCCCACAUGUUGGAACGUUGUGCAUCUCAUCGUCCUUAAAUACCCUGCCCCUACACUUCACUUCUUCCCUUUUCCCUUCCUUUCCUCCCUCCGGUUCAGUUUUCCAUCCCACCCGGUUCACUCCUCUUGUUUUCUCGCGUUGCAAAACAAUGUUCUUCCACGAAGAAGCCGAAGCGGUUCAGUCCUCCUAUUUCCCGGUUCUCGAAACCCUGUUCACGCCGAGCAAAAUACAGGAGCUAUUCUCCCUCAUUAACGAACCGCCCAGCCCGGAGUCCGGUUCGUAUGGAUCGAACCGGGCGGUUCGGUCCACGCACGAGAGAAAGCUUCGGCGAAUGCAGUCGAACCGGGAGUCAGCCAGGCGGUCCCGCUGGAGAAAGAAGCGGCAUUUAGAGAGCCUCACGAACCAAGCGAACCGGUUCAGAUUGGAAAACCGAGAAUUAAAAAACCGAUUAUGCUUAACCAUGCACCAGAAUCUUCUUCUCUCCGCCGAGAAUGAACGUCUUAGAUCCGAAUCCGUGACCCUUAUGGCUAGACUCUCAAAUCUUUAUCAAAUUUUAGGCACCAUGAUUUCACGAUAG